CUCUUGAACGCAGCGUCGCACCGGAUGUGACCCGAAUUUUACGUUGACGUCUCCAGUGUUUUUAAAAAAGCGGCGGUUGCUCCUCCACCUUCUCAUGAACCACUCGCCUCAGAUUCUCUGGCUCAGCUCUUCAGAAUAAUCACACAACGAUCCUGGUGCUUUACAGUGAAGCUGUGAGCUCCUUCUCUGCCCCAGGAUCAUGCACCAGCAGCAGUACACAGAGGAGAGAGGCCUUCUGGGAAAACUGUGUCCUGGGGACAAGAAGCUGGAGGGGAAGAACUUCUACCUGGACAAUGUGAAGAAACGCGCAACAGCUUUGCUUUUGGAGGCCAUAUCUCUAUUAGGAGGGAAAAUCGAGAGUUUUCUACACAAGGAUGUGAACUUUGUUGUGACCGGAAGCCAAGAGGGUCUGCAAGAGGAGAGGAGUGUGGUGACCAAUGGACGGGCAAAGGGAACAAAUGAAGAAACCCAACAUCCAAACAGUAAACGGAGUCAGAGUGUCCUCAGCAGCGAGAAACAGCCACCGGGAACUCCUCGACCGAUGGCUUGUGGCAGCCGGGGGAAAGCUCUGCUUGAAAAAGCCAUUCGCAACAAUGAGCGACUGAAGAGGAGCAGUGUUCUGGCCAGUGCCCGAUCGUGGGGAGUGAAGAUUUUGUUUGUGGAUGAUGUGGUUUUGUAUCUGAAACAACUGACUCGAGAGAGUUUCAGCGUGAAGCACAAGAAACCCGAGCGGACCUACACCAAACCACAAGGUUCCCAUGUUGUCAAAGCUGCAGCUUUGAGGUCUCCAUACCUUAAAAUAGAAGACUCCAGCAGGAAAUACAAACCCUUGCAUAUACAGUCUAUGAUCUUCCCAUCGCUUUGCUACUUGGGCCGAUUUAGUCCCUUUGAAUCUCCUCCUCCUCUAUUUGGAAAUCAAACAGAAGAAAGUAAAACAAGGGAGAAGAAAAAAGUUGAAAGCAGCAUUCAGGACAAAUCCCAAACCCCGCUCAACUGUAACCCUGCACCGUGGCGUCCACGCAAAAAGGAAACAUCGUACUGUGAAUGCUGUCAUCAACCCUUCACUAAUCUGGAGGAGCACUUACAGUCUGAUCAGCACCGUAUGUUUGUGCUGGAUCCCUCCAACUACAGUGUGGUUGAUCAACUUGUGGCUGAAAUGCUUCCAGGAUUCAACCCUAGUCCACCUGAACAAUCAGAAGAAACAGAACCACCAAGUCUGCAGCUCAUCCAGGACGUCUGUGAACUGGAGCCUCUCACUGAUGGCGAGACGGAACGUGCCAUUCAGGCCCUGCGCAAACAAAGUUUAUCGUUCGAUACCAACAUCUCCGGCCUCCCAUCACUAGGAGUUCAGUUUCCCAUCGCAAAUCCAGCCACACCACCUGUUGACAUCCAGUCUCCCACUCCUACAGAGUGCCAGCUCCCGGAUAUCCAGCUCCACGCUUUGAGUCCCGCCAUGCCUCUAUUGGAUGUUGAACCACAAGCCCACGCCUCACCCAGCCAGCAGCCACCCCCCUGCCCUGAUACCCCAUCUCCAUCUCUUGACCCUUACUCUCUGCCCCCAGUCCUCAGUCCUCAAAUCCCUUCCUGCAUUAUGGAACUGCACAGCUCGUACUCCGAGCCGCCUGUCCUCAGUCCUCAACAGUACAUCGCAGAGGAAACCAUGGAAGUUAGUGAAAUGGAUACUGCUGAGAGUUUGUCGGAGUCUGUCUCAGUUCCCAUCGCCAUCUCCCGUCUUCCCGCUGCACCUGAGACAAAUGCAGAAGUGAAGGGAGAUGAUCGUUUCGCACUCAGUGGAAUCUUAUUUUCUAGCAGUGAUAAACUGGCCUCAUGUCGAUCGCUGCCUCGACUUUCAGCUACAACUCCAAACCCCAAAAAACGCUGUCGAUCAGUCAGCCCUAAAUGUCGCCGCAGCAAAAGGAGUAAAAUUACUAGGAAAUGUAACUGGACUGAACAAGGACAUGAAUCCAUAAAACCAGAAAGGGACAUAAUGGCAAAGUGUGGGGGCUAUUCAUUAUUUGACAAUGCCUCGUGUCAGAUAACACAGUGUCCUCAACAACACGUCUCUUCUACAUGCACUGUGGAAACACGUGAUUUAACAACAAUUUGUUUUUCCACUGUGCAGAAUUUACCAUGGGAACCAAGUCAAACUGACAUUUUGGGUCAUGAUAAUGCAUCUGUAACUACUCCUUCAAAACCAAAGACUUUUGAACCACAGCUUCAGCCUCCCUAUGAAAAAUCUCACAGUGCGUUUUCCAGCCAAGACUCUCAGCGCUCACUAUCCCACUCUACCUCAGUGUGCAUCGAGUCGGCCCUCAUCCCAGACUUUGCUGCGCUCUCUCCAUCGUCAUCUGACUCUGACUGGGACUGUGACCUGCUGUCACGGCUGGGCCCGACCUCAGCGACACCUCUUUUGCCCUCUGAGCAGAGCUGCGAGCUCGACAAGGAGCUCCUCCAUAAGCCGUGAG